GGAAUAAGGGAAGCUCAUGGGAGCAUUUGCUCCCGUUGGCCUCUCACUCUGAUGAUGGUGCCAAGCUUGACGUAAGGUAUGUCGACUCCAACUAUGUUAUUUAUGUAGAUCAAGUUGCGUAUUUUAAGCUGACCCUUAGUGUCUCGUAUAGACCUGGUCUGACAUGCUCUUAUUUUUAUUGGGGACAAAUUCCUAAAAACACAUAUGCAUGGUUGACUUAUCUAUAUUGGUCCCAGGAUAUUAAAGACAAGAUGGGAGAGGUAAAAUCUUUAAUUGGAUCAACCUAUGUUGCAUAGAGAAAAAAGCUUAAAAGCUUCUCUCUCUCUUCAUCAGAAGUUGGUCUAAUAAAAGAUAUUACCUCCUUCACCUUGACUCUCUCAAAGACAUUGUCACUUGUUUAUGGAAAAUUCAAAUAAAACCCUUCUAAAAAUAACCAGUGGGAAAAGACCCAGCAAAACUAACCACACAAACUAUUGCUCAAACAUUUAUUCAUCAGUAAAAUAAAAAUAAACUCAGACGUAUGAUACAUUUCAUCAUCUCCACUUUCUCAUUUACUAAGCUAGAAAGACAAUUACAGAAACCUUUCUAUCUUUUAAACUGGGCUAUAGGUCACACAUAACUUAUCUUAUGAAAUCUAACUUGAUAGGGGAAAAAAAGUUGCUUUAAAGCCCAUCAAGAUGAAAGCCAUUUAUAAAAUACAAUUUUAACAUUUUAUUUUGGGUCAUUGCACCCAUACAAACUACUGUCCACAAAACCAGGAGUUACCUAUACAUGGACACACACAUACAGAAGCACAAGAGAUGAGACACUUAAUAUUUUCACGAGAUGAUUAGGGAUGGAGAAAUCUCUCUGACAGAAAAUAUCCAGAUACCAAUGGAAGAUUUAGCUGAAAGAGGCAGAAAUAUUGUAUCCACCGACAGCCACCAGAAAUAUGAAAACAGAAGAGGCAAACAGGUCCCAGGAGGUGAAACCAGAGCUGGGGCUCCCUUGGAUGUUGGUAUAUGUACCCGUGAGAAAUUGCCAUAGAGUCUUGAAGGAAAAGCUAGGGGAGUUUUCUCCUCCAACGUAUAACAGUUUUCAGCUAAAUAUUUGGUGCAAUUGGACUAUCUGGGCCGGUUCCAGAAAACAUAUAGUCAUUUAUAUCAAAGGAUUUAUGACGGAUGAGGACUGUGUCAAAAAUGAAGAUAAAAUCUUAUUUCAAGGAGUCUCUUCCUUAGUAGAAAACACUGUGAUCUAUGCUUGUUGGAACAAGAAGAUAUAUGUCUUUGCCACCUAUGCCCGGGCUGUCCAUGUAGUGUUCCUGAUGAAGUAUUCUGCAAAUGCUAGGCACAAAUAUUUUAAAGGGAAGUAUUAUAUAUUCAAGCACCGUGACAUUAACACCUCUUCUGAAGAUAUUUUAGUUUCUCAAGCCUCUAGGGAAACUGCUGAUGGCACUCCCAGAUCUAACAAAGUAUCAGUAAUAUACCAAGGAGAGAGUUCCGAUUAUACAAACAUUAACACAGCUUCAAGUGCUAAGAAUCUUAAUAAAAACCUUAAGACAAUUGUCACUAGUAACACAGGGUUAUUACAGAUAGAGGGUAAAGGUCAAAAUGUCACAGUUCUUGAAAGUUCUCUUCAGCAUGUUGCAAGGACUCGCCUUCUAAAAACAGAAGCCCAUAGCAUGCAGGAGUGUCUUGAUUUGUCUACAACAUCAACGGACAAAGAAAAUAGUACUGGCAUAAGGAAAUCUUCUGGAAGUCAACCCCAAACUGUGUCACCUGAGACGAGAACAUCAGAGGGUGAAGUCCUUGUGGACUUGAGCCAGGUGUACAGGCCAAAAAGUCUUCUAGGUAUUUUUUCUGAGAUUCCUUUAAGUGUUUCUCCUCAAAUUAAACCUUUGAAACCUAUUAAGUUAGAAGGAACAGCGAGUGAAUUGACCCUUUGCCUCCCUAGUUUGAGCCAAACUAAUAUGGGAGAUUUACAACUGAAUAUAAAUCCAACACCUCUGAGUUACUCUGUCCUGGCCUCAUAUUCACAUUCCAUAGCUCAUGACCAAGUGGAAACCAAAGGAGACCAGAACAUUGGCUCUAUCCCUUCCCAAAGUCUCAACAAGGUAGCCUUAGUGAGUGAUCUGCAAUCCAACACCUUGGCUUAUGAGGUGAUAAGCAGUCAUAGGGAUAGUCUCAUGAAGGGUUCACUGCUUAGCCUCAGAGUGACCAGUAAGGAUCAAGUGGCACUUGGUGAUCCGUCACAGUUGGAGAUGAAAGGAAUGGAUAAAGUAGGAAGUUACCAAACAAGCUCUACUCAGAUGGACAGUGGAGACAAGCCUGUAACAGAACUGGAUCUGAGAACAUCCUCCCUCAAAAACAUGAACCCUCAUAAUGUUUCUGUUCUGGAAAGUUCCAUGGAAGUCAUUGACCAGUUGAAAGUCAAGUUGUUCACCACAGCUCCAUAUGGCAUGUCAGAGGAUGAGUACCACUUGAGGCUCCAAAGCAGUAAACAUGUGGAUUUAGCUGCUACGGAACUAGAAAGUAUCCUGCCAAGUACAGCAGUGUCCCUGCAUCAAGCUGCUAAAAAGGUGAAUGUGUCGGAGGUGCUCUCUGUGGACAUGACAGCCAGUCAGCAGGUGGGCCUCGUUAUGGAACGGGGGCCUCUUCCGAGUACAGAAGUUUAUCUUCUUCCAACUGCCUCUGAACUGAAGCUCCACCCAAGUACAGAAACCUCCUUUCCUGUCCUUCUCUCAGAACUGGAGGCAGUCAUCUCCUUCCCACGUACAACAGCAUCCCUUCCUCCAGCUUCCUCGGAACUGGGCCCUGUCCUUUUCCCCAGCACAGAAAUGUCCAUUCCUGUUCUUCCCCCAGUAAGGGAGCUUGUCACCCCUUUCCCCAGAACAGAACCAUCCCUUCCUCCAGCUGCCUCAGAACUUGUCCCCUUCCUGGGUACAGAGGUGACUUUUCUUCUGGCUGCUGUGGAAUUGGAGCCUGUCAGCCCAAGUAGAGAAGCAGCCCUUCCUCAGACAAGUGACGAACAUAGAAAUGAGCUCCACUUGAGAACAGAAGGUAGUCACUACAUUGACACUGACGCAGAGCUACAUCAGCUCCACCUGAGCACCACAGCCCUGCUUCAGCCAACUGUUCCCGUGGAGGGCCUGUUGGAAGGUGACCAUCAUGAGAAGCCAUACACGGACUGCCAUGGUGCUCUGGGUGCUACGGAACAUAAUCCUGUCCUCCCAAGUACAACGCAAGCUCUUCAUUUCUCUCAAGAAAUGAAAAUAGGUGUCCAACGACCAAUGGAUGAAAGGAAUUUCACCACCAACUUCGUCACUGCCAAUGUCGUCUUGGAUACAACUGAGCUGCAGGCCUUAAGGCCAGAACGUGAGCUUGGACUUCUUAAAUCUGAGGCCCAUACAAGCAAACUUUCUCCAGUAACUGAGAACCUGGCUAAAAUGCCCUUACUUGUUACAAGGCUCAACAGAGUAAAGCAAAAUGAGCUAAUCCUUAAAAAUGCUCCUACGACCUUUAGCACAAGGGCCGCUUUUCCACUGCAGCACAUAGAGACGAAUAAUAACGUUGAACUGACUCAGUCUGUAAAAGAGAUGAGUAACACAACAUUGAAACCAGUAUUUCCAGAUACCACACAAUACCCCAAAGCGUGGGAAACCUCUGAGUGGUCCAUUGCUUCUCAGAGCUCUGCUAUGGAUUAUAGUGAUGCUCUAACUCCAUCUAAGAAACUGGCACUGAAAGAGAAUGUAGCUUCACCUCCUGCCAGAACCUCUUCAGGUCGUGCACCUGAGAAUACAACAACUUCAAAAGCAAGAGUCCUCAGCCGCAUUGAACCAGAGCUGCCUUGGUUGUUGGUGUAUUUUCCUAUAAGAAGUUGCCAUGUCACUUUGAAGGAUGAAAUGGGGACAUUUACCCCACCUGCACACAGUGGUAUUCAAACCAACAUCUGGUGCAACUGGACCAUCUGGGCAGGCCCUCAAAAACACAUCCUGAUUUACAUAAAAGGAUUUCAGGGGAAGGAAGAUUGUGAUGAGAACCCUGAUAAAAUAAUUUUUCAAGGGGUCUUGUCAAGUGUGGAAAGAAAAGUAGUCUAUGCGUGUAGGAGCCAAGGUACUCUGAUCUUUGCUACCCAAGCUUUGGCUGUACAUGUUGUGUUUCUGUCAAAGGGCAAUUCCUUAAACCACAAACACCAAUACUUUAAAGGCCAGUAUUAUGUAUUCAAAGACUAUGAAACUUCACAAUCUACAAAUGAUGAUGCAGUUUCUCAAGAGACUGUUCAGAAUACUAUGAAAACAAAGUAUGGCAGUAUCCGAUUCUAUCCUAAAUCACCCAAAAAACACUACAGAGGUCUUCUGGGUUUUGUAAAGACCAGCACAGCUAAUAAUGAAAACCAACUGCUUAACAAGCUACCUAUGAUAGACACAGAAGUCCAGGCCAAAAAUGGAAGCUCAACGACAUUAAAAGCUUUUUUAAGGCUUGUUUUUGGGAACAACACCCACAUCCCUCUUUUGAAAGCUGUGGGCAACAUGACCUUCAGCACUCAUGAUCUGAAGUGGAAGCAGCCAAUGAAAUCUUUGGGUAAUGAAACCAGUAGCAGCGAAGAAAAACCUUCUGACUUUCUAAUAAAACCAGCAUUAGAUGUAUUGAGGCCAAACAUCCAGGACAAAAAAGAACAAACUAUUGCUUUUGGUAAACUUAUUCAAAGGCCAACAAUCCACUCAAACCUGCUCUUUGAGACUCUAGGUUUCAGAGAGCCUUUGAAAUAUGUGAAAAAGCAAAGUGUCAAAACAACCCCGUCAUCAGAGUCACCGCACAGACCAGCUAGUAUGAAAGACCUACAGCCAGAUGCAAGGCCAUCUGUACGUAGAAAUUUUACACCUCCUCAUGGCUUGCAAUCUCUGCAGAGAUUAUGGGAAGAGCAGGUCAUUCAAACAAACUCUUCUCAAGGCUUCAGAGUUGCACUGAUCAAAGAUGAAGAGAUGCCCCAGUCAAGUCAUGUGAAUGAUGAAAGAGUAGCCAGUCAUCCUGCUGCUUUUGAGGAAGACUCCCAGUCUAACACCAGGCUAACUGGGGAUGAUCAAGAAGAAACUGAUCAGUUAGCGCAUAUGAUGAACUUGGAGAGAAGCAUUAAAGAAAGUCCUGUUGAGCGUCAGAUGCACAGAAAGGGAAACCACAAAGGUGAUCUACACUUGAUGCCAGCUUCUGCCCUCAAAAACAAACUCGCUGUUGAGCCGAAGGGAACACCUAAGAGAGCUGUCAAAAUGGAGUCUACCCAGGUUUCUGUAGCCCUAGAUGCCUCUCGCAUUCACCGUGCUGAGAAUACUGCUACUGAAUUCAAACCUGUCUUCCUGAGCAGCUCCAGAAGCAGCCCAUUGGUAAAAGCAGCUACUGCUCCUCCACACCUUGGCAUUCCAGGAACCCAAGACACACAACCUCCAUGGACUGUGAGCACAAAAUCGCAUCCUCCUUCUGAUGAGGUGUCAGACACUGCAUCCUUGGAAACAGACCAUGAACAAGACUCCUUUGAUUUGGCUUCCAUUCUCGCUUCUCUUGAAAAUGAUACUCUACUGGAAUCACAGCACAAUCCUGGAGAUAUCUUAUUUGAAGUAACUAGUGAAAUUGAACACCAGGGAUGGAUCCCAAGUAGUGGGAAUGAGCUGAAAAAGGCUGUCCUGGACUCCAUUAAGCUUCAUGUACAAAAGAACUUGAAACUCUUGGUAAGCGAAGUCAAUGAAAUCAAGCUAAAGGAAAUCAAAAGAACAAAUGACCUAAAACCAACAUUGACUUUCUGGUUACACUUAAAACCGGAGGAAAGGAACAUGUCUGUCUUACUCCAUUCUCAACUGAAUGAUCUCAUUGGCAAGUCUGUGGGAGCUGAGAAAUUGCAGCUGGGUUUGUUGUCUGUUAGAGAUGUGAAUGAGUGCAACUCUGGAAUUGGACUGUGUGGUGAUGAGGCAGACUGCCUCAAUGAAGAUGGCACUUACUUAUGUCGCUGUAAGAAGGAGUAUGACGAUCGUUCUCCAACAAAAUCUGGCACAUUGUGUGUCCGCAUCCCACAGUCAGGCAUUGGUGGCCUCUUCAGCUACAUGGAAAUUCUGGUAGGCACUACUGUAUUCUUCAUCUUCAUCCUGGUGGUGGUGGCAAGCAGUCUGUGCACAAUACUCAGGAGGAGACCCACAAAGAAGGACCCUUGUAUUGAGGAGCCUGUUCCAAGUGGAACACCUUCAGCACAGUCCCAGCUGCCUGCACAGUCUAUUGAUCUGAGUAACCUUGGUGAUCACCUGACCCUAGACCCCUUCCAGCCAAAGCUUCGAGCCAAGCCCCCAGCAUGGACAUCACAAGUACGAGCCAACCCCAGUGAGACUUACAGAAUCUUUGUUGAACAAUCUGAACGUUUGUAAGGCAAAUCUACGCUGAAAGGUUGAGGAAUCUUUUUCUACUGAUAGCCUCUUAUUUUACCACUAAUGAGCUGAAAUGGCCUAUUAAAAAUGUCAACAGAAUGUGAACAAUCCUAAUUGUCCUACACAUGUCAGUGGGCAGAAGUGAACAGUACUGUGGCUCAAAUAACUUAUUUUGGUUCUUGAUCCCUGUACUGUCUGCUAGUUUCAGAUGUCUGAUUGUUUGUAACUUGGAAGAGUUGCUUCUGUAGACAUCUGGCAUGUAAAUAAAGCUGAUCUCUCCCUGCAUGGAAAAUGUACACCUUGCUUGCUAUUGGUGUUUGGAGGCAAAGAGCGGGGAAGGCUGGAAGGCCUAAGGUAGAGGGAAACCUCAAAAGGAUUAUGGUUUCAGCAAGUAACUUUCUCUUGUUAGGCAAAUAAUUCAAUUGAGAAGCAGAAAUAAAUAAGCAGUAUCUGGGUAACUCUCAACUGCAUUGCCUUUGGUCUUCUGGCCACCCUAUUCCUCUUUUCUUGCUACCGAGGCAAUCUGAACACCACUCAACCUAGUCCUCAUGCAUGCAUGCAUGCUCAUAUAACAGAUGGUUUUGCACAAACUUGGGACAUCUGUUAUCAAGACACUAUCUUGUCUUACCUCCAGCAUGUAGUUCUACAGAAUUCUAGCUUUAUAACUUUUAAAAUUAGAACUUCAUUGUUUUCUCACUAGCUAUUUCCAUGAUUUGCUGUGCAGGAAUCUUCAUGGGUUUUUGGGGGCCUGGGAUCCUGCUUAGUGAGGAUGGAUCUGUGUUAUGUCUCCCCCUUGUCAUUGCAUUGGAAUAAAAUAGAUUUUUAAUAUGACUGCAGCGUAAUUGGAGGAUCUGAAGGGAAUGA